AUGCCGAAGCGGCCCUGCCACAAACCACAGCAGAGGCAAGAAGGAAGCAGACAUCAGGUACUUCUGACCUGGAAACAGAAGUGCCUAGAGGUCCAGUGUACACCCCUGCUGGAUGCCUUGUGUCUUGACGGCUUCACAGCGAUUCCCAGGAUAGGACUGAUACACAUCUCAUGUGCCAGUAACUCAGCCCACACUGCAUGUAAACCCCCCACCCCCGAGCAAGGAGCACAGGAUGGGGCUUUGGACAUGACAAGAGGAUCUCAGUGCCUGCUCCCCACAGAAGGCUCCGUCUUGGGACCGCAGCUUCUAGACUGUACCAGAAUGAACGAGAACCAGAGUACUGAUGAGAAUGGUGUUGGCCACUUGUACUCGGAGAGCCCGUCAGAGCUCAGGGAGUGUCUCACGCAACCGUCGUCUGAACACACUUCAUCCUCCGAGAGUACUGUGAUGUCAAGUGAUUCUGGAUCAGACACUUUGCACAUGGCUUCCGGUGACCUUGACUGCAAACCUCUCUGUGAGAAGGAGGAGGAAGCCAGAGUGGCCUCUGCCGUGCCAGGAACCGACCCAGCUCAGGAGAACAACAAGACCACUGCUUGUGGAGACUCUGCUAGUGUGGUCAAGGCUGCACCACAGCAGGAAGCAGGGGAGGAACUUAGAACCGUGGAAGACAGAGGAGGGAAGGACAGUGCCACAGGAGAAACUGAGGUUUCCACACCUCCCAAAGCAUCCAUGAAGCUCGUUAACUUUCAGCAGAGUGAACCCACUUCUGCUAAUGAGAAGGAAGUGGAGGCAGAAUUCCUCAGGUUAUCUUUGGGACUUAAAUGUGACUGGUUUACAUUGGAGAAGAGGGUGAAGCUUGAAGAGAGGUCCCGGGACCUGGCAGAGGAAAACUUGAAGAAAGAAAUCACAAACUGUUUAAAGCUUUUAGAGUCGCUGACACCCCUGUGUGAAGAGGACAACCAGGCUCAGGAAAUCAUCAAGAAGCUGGAGAAGAGUAUAGCGUUCCUCAGCCAGUGCUCGACCCGUGUGGCCAGCAGGGCUGAGAUGCUGGGGGCCAUCAACCAGGAAAGCCGGGUGAGUAGAGCGGUGGAGGUGAUGAUCCAGCACGUAGAGAACCUGAAGAGGAUGUACGCCAAAGAACACGCCGAGCUGGAGGAGCUGAAGCAGGCACUGCUGCAGAACGACAGGUCUUUUAACUCUCUGCAGGAUGAAGAUGACUGUCAGAUUAAAAAGCGUUCAUCUUCUCUAAAUUCCAAGCCAUCUUCUCUUCGAAGAGUGACCAUUGCCUCUUUGCCCAGGAAUCUUGGAAAUGUGGGGAUGGUGUCAGGCCUGGAAAAUGACAGAUUCAGCCGGCGGUCGAGCAGCUGGAGAAUCCUGGGGACAAAGCAGGGUGAGCACCGCCCCUCAUUACACCGAUUCAUCAGCUCCUAUUCCUGGGCCGAUGCGGAGGAGAAGUGUGACGUCAUCAAAACCAGAGACGCCCCGGAGCCCCCAGGAGAGGAGACAGCAGAGAGGACCAGGAAGCCUAGCCUUUCUGAGAGGAGAGGCAGCCUCUCGGCCUGGGACAGCAGCACGAUCUACAGCUCAGUGGCCUCCUGGGUCACUCACCUGCGGGCGUCCUUCAGAAGGGCCAACAGAGCGCUGUGGCUCUCUGGGCUCUUCCUCGUACUGUUCGCCGGGUUGAUGAGCGUCCUCGCCGGUCAGCUCUUCCAGUCCGCCGUGGAGGCCGCGCCCACGCAGGAAGGGGACUCCUGGAUGUCUCUGGAACACAUCUUCUGGCCAUUGACCAGACUCGGGCAUGAUGGACCGCCACCAGUGUGACUGCCACACAGCUCAGUGUCCCCUUGGAUUUUAACAUCUCCCUCUGAGAUUUGAAAUUAGUAACUUUUUAGUAACUACAGUGCAGGGCUAGGGUCCUUGGUAGCUGAGAUAUUUUAAUUCCCCAACAAAAGCAUAGGGAAGGAACUUCGGGAAGGAGCCCCCCCCAGGGUAUUUUAAUGAGCUUUCUGAGUGAGAGACAUAAGACUUUAUUGAAAUGUAUCAAAUAAAGGCCACUCGGAUCUUUGUGCAGUA